CUCCGUCGGCGGAAACUACAGGAACAAGAGGCUCUUCCAUAUCCUUUACUUGCCAUGUCGAGGAGAAAGACGAGAGAGCCAAAGGAGGAGACAGUUACACUUGGACCAGCUGUUCGUGAUGGAGAGCAAGUCUUCGGUGUUGUCCACAUCUUUGCUUCAUUCAACGACACUUUCAUUCACGUUACUGAUUUGUCUGGGCGUGAAACCCUUGUCCGUAUCACCGGUGGAAUGAAGGUGAAAGCUGACAGGGACGAGUCGUCACCAUACGCAGCUAUGCUUGCUGCGCAAGACGUUGCUCAGAGAUGCAAGGAGCUUGGAAUCACUGCUAUGCACGUGAAGCUCCGUGCGACUGGUGGAAACAAGACCAAGACACCUGGUCCUGGUGCUCAGUCUGCUCUCAGAGCUCUUGCCCGUUCCGGCAUGAAAAUUGGCCGUAUUGAGGAUGUUACUCCGAUCCCAACAGACAGUACCCGCCGAAAGGGUGGUAGAAGAGGAAGGAGGCUCUGAGUUUCUGGCUUGUUUCUUUUUUGUCUGAACAAUGUUUUCUUGAGCUUUAGCUUUGUUUCAUUUUGUCAGAACAAUUUCUUUUGAAUAACAUUUUUCUACAAUGGUGAAUCUCUGUCCUUUGCGAAUUACUUAUAUUAUGAGACUGCCAUCUUUCCCA